CCCCCGCUGCCCCUCCCCGUAUUUAUUAGGGGCGCCGCGGCGGAGGCGGAGGCCAGAGCCCGCAGCAGCCGCCCGGGGAGCCAGGACGGACCGACGGAGCCCGGCCAUGAACCCCAACUGCGCCCGCUGCGGCAAGAUCGUCUACCCCACCGAGAAGGUGAACUGCCUGGACAAGUUCUGGCAUAAAGCAUGUUUCCACUGCGAGACCUGCAAGAUGACCCUAAACAUGAAAAACUACAAGGGCUAUGAGAAGAAGCCGUAUUGCAAUGCACACUACCCGAAGCAGUCCUUCACCAUGGUGGCAGACACUCCAGAGAACCUGCGCCUAAAGCAGCAGAGCGAGCUUCAGAGCCAGAUUCGCUACAAGGAGGAUUUUGAGAAGAACAAAGGGAAGGGAUUCAGUGUGGUGGCUGACACCCCCGAGCUGCAGAGAAUCAAGAAGACUCAGGACCAGAUCAGCAAUAUCAAGUACCAUGAAGAGUUUGAGAAGAGCAGGAUGGGCCCAAGUGGUGGCGAGGGUGGCGAGAUGGAACGCAGGAACUCCCAGGAUGGUGCCAACUACAGGAGACCUAUGGAACAGCAUCAGCCGCCACCUCCUGUCCAGCCCAGCGGCCCUGCCUACCAGCAGCAGCAGCAGCCUCCAUCUCAGUCCUAUGGCUUCAAGGAGCCUGCAGCACCGGUCUCUACACAGCGUAAUGCCCCUUCUGGAGGAGGAGGAAAGCGGUUCCGCGCAGUCUAUGACUACAGCGCUGCUGAUGAAGACGAGGUCUCCUUCCAGGAUGGGGACACCAUCAUUAACGUGCAGCAGAUCGACGAUGGCUGGAUGUACGGCACGGUCGAGCGCACUGGGGACACCGGCAUGCUCCCUGCCAACUAUGUGGAGGCCAUCUAAGCCGUGGCCAACAGGGCGUGGAGUGACACCCAAGGCCCCCUGUCACGUCUCUCUCGCCCAGCAUCCCUUCUCCGCCGCGUUCUGCCAUUACUCCAUCAGAGCUGCACCCCUCGCCUAUCAGUACUCUGCAGCGGGCUCUGGUUUCUCUUGCCAAUUUAGCUUUGUUUUGUAGGUAUUAUAGCUCUGAGACUAGGUGGGAGACCUGUCCAGGGGCCACUCGGGCUGGCCCCAACAUUGCAGCUUUCCUCUUCUAAUCUCUUCACCCCAUCUUUCUGAAGGGGUGGGAGCCUAGCUACCAGGCGCAUGCCCUGUAUCUCCAGGGAAUAUGAGGGAAGCAACUGGAAUAGCUGCGAUCCUGAGCUAAGAAAGGAUCCCAGCUGACCCAUCUGAUAGGACCAAACCCAUCCAUCUCUGCUGGGGACCAAUCCAAGCAGCUGGAGGGGCAGCAAGGGACCAAUGACUAGGAUGUGUCCCCCUUAACAGCAAGUUGGGGGGGGUUAGUAGGGAUCCCCCUCUCUAGAGCCAUAAGUACCUCCCAACUGGAGGGAGGGGUUAGCUAGCACCAGGGAAGCCUGCAGGGAUCUCUCAUUGGGCCAUCCCCAGUCGCCUCUCCCACCUCAUCACCUCCGUUAAAUGUUUCCAUUCAGUCUUUUCCGCGUGCGCAGGCGCGCUCUCUCUCCCCCCCUUCCCCUUCCCCUUCCCAUUUUUUCGCUCUUAAAACUUCAUAUAAAGUCAAAACUUAAACAAAAAAUAUUAGUUCCAAAGAAUCUAAGAUCAAUCAAUUUUCAACUUUUUUUUUUAAAUCUUUUUCGCUCUGUUCCUCUAGAGUUUUCCUUGGCUGUUGGGCUGUGUCACUGCUUGCAGAGGUGCUGGGAUCCCCAGGGUCUGACUGGGACAGAGGCAGAAGUGGCAGGCAGUGGGGCUUUGGGGCUGUGGUCCUUCGAACAGGGUAGGGCUCUCAGAAGCAGCAUCGCACAGGCCUCGCCAUGCCCUGUGAGCUACCCUGGAUUGGGUCAACUCAUCUCAGGAUCAUCUCGACACUGUGUGGUGAUAGCUGCUGCACUGGGAGUGAGGAGUAGCCCAUGGGCUGCUUAUGCUUGAGGCUGGAUGAGCUGCUUGUGUUUGGGGAGAGGCAGAGGGUGAGUCCCUGCCUCCCCCAUGGUCAUCCAGGAUCUCCCAUGGGGGGGUGGGCAGGAAAGUGAUACCCAGAACCCCUCUAAAACCAAAUACCAUUCCAAUAGAGGGGAAGAGCUCGUACACCUUCCAAUCAGCUUCUACAUUUCACAGCAGCAAAUUCCUUGUGAUCCUUACAUAGAAGGGUUAUUUCUCACCUUGCUUAGCAGCUUUCAACCCAGGGUCACUGCUUACUCUCCCAUCCCCACUGCUGGAUCAACACUCUGUCUGCAUGGCUCUGGAGAGCAGUUCCUAGUCUCUAGUGCAGCACCCACUGCCCCCAUGGCUGUUUGGAGCCACUGACUGCUCAGUCUUUCAGCUUUCAUCCUAUGCCCAUGAACGAACUGAGCUGACCAUGGGAGAAAUUCUGCCACGAGUGGCUGGCGGAGAUGUCAUGGAAGAGGCGUGAGGUGUCUUGGGGUUUUUGAGGGGGCAAAGACCAGGGACUGGCUCUUCCAAGUUCUGGUUAGUUUCUGCUUUGCACUGGCAUGUACCUCGCUCAGCAGGAGCCACUACUGGGACUGUGGUUCUGGAGAGCAGAGAGGUAGAACAAACCUCCCCACACAACAGUCAGCCAACCCUCAGCUGGAUGGAGGAGAGGGAGCCAGCCAGCCAGUUUCAUCUGUGCCUUUCCCAGGGGCAGCAGGGCCAGUUCCAGUUCCAUUCCAGUUUGAGCUGAGAUGUUUACAGCCUUCUCUCUGUGGAGGGGGGAGAGUCAGUGGCAAAGGGACCAGGAAGGGCAAUGAGCAGAUACAUUCCGCCUCCACCUUCUCUGCAUUCUCACUGGGUCCAGGCUGGUGGUAGACAUUCCCAGCUGCUGCUGGCUUGGAUUACAUCAGGGACCAAAACUUCAAAGCACAUCCCCAACCCAAUGUUUUGGGCUCAGGGGCCACUAUAACUGGAAAUCUAUAUGCAAGGAAGAUGGUACUGUGUUGUCCUUGGUUAAGGAAGUUGGGCAUUGAGAAUAGCUAGCUAUGAAUCCUCCCAAGUUUCCCCAAUGGAUGAACUCUGUUGCCCUCUCUACCUUGGCAUGCUAAGACCCACUCCCUGGUGCCUUUCUCCCUCUCAACUGGAAUUCCAUGUAGCAUGACUGCCCUCGUUAUCCCAGGGGAGUCUGACCUGAUGGUGCAUUACAGGGGAGGCUCUUUAAGGUGCAUCCAGUGAGGUGGUCUGUAAGUUCUAAGCAGACAGGCCUGGCUAAAUGUUCUGUAAUUUUUUUAUUGAGUUUUGAUAUCUGGCUUUAAGAGUCAAUGUGGGGACUAAGCUGAGAAGCGUAUCAGUUUGAGUCUUCCUGAUGGGUGCCCCUUUCUCACUGAGCGCACCGGAGACCUCUGCUUGUUCCCAGUGCACUGUUCCAGGUUUAUCCCUCUGUACACUUACACUUCUGCUCCGUACACUCUUACCUUGGUGCUGCCCUUUCAGGGGAAGGGAGAAACAGGCUAUUAGGUUCUUAAAAUGGGGAAGCCACCCCUGAAAUAUGGAAGACAACUCCACACAUGGCCUCCUCUUUCUCAUGACCUCGUUUCACUUCCAGAAGCACAAUGAAGAGGCAGAAUGGUGCUUAAGGGACACUGAAUUGAAGGUGAAAUGUUUGCAUGAGGGCCUAAGGGGUGGGUGGCAGAAGCGAGCCCUGAAACGUCACUUCGUAGUCUCUCUGGUAGUUGCUAUAGUGCUGAAGCUUGUGUGGGCAAGAGGGUCUCUGGUCUCCUGUCCCCAGAUCAAUGUACUGUACUAAAAGGGUUGAUGAGCUGUUUCAUCCCACUGGAUGAGCCAGCUAGCAGCAGGCUGGUGGAUAAUGGUGAACCUUCUGUUUUUAACCAGCUUUCCUACUCAUCUGUGGGAGACUUGGGAGUGGCGUGGGUGAAAGGGGAUGCAAUCAGCCUUGGGCAGAGCAUAAAAGUGACAGCAAUGGGCUGUAGGGAAUCAAAAUCCUUGUGGUGCUGAAACAUGUGAGCACAAGAACUGGAGGAAUGGAGAGGUGCACAUUCCUGAUCCCUGAUACUCUGUUCUUAGAGCCCGUUGUCUGGGGAGGGGGGGGGAAGUAAAAAUGUGAAUAAACCUUUUUUUUUUUUUUUAAUGGACCAAAUAAAAACACAGGAAACUAAGUUUGGGCUUAACUUUUUUUAAUGCUACCUUGAAACCCUCUUGUACCUCCCGUUUCUCCUACCUUCCCCCCUCCCCUUUUUUUCUUCUGCCAUGGAAAACAGACAUCUUACUGCUUGAUUUCUGCCUUCUCUCUGACUUGUGCACUUUUUUGCCUUUUUUUCAUAGCUGAAAAAGUACCUAAACCUGUAUUUAAAUAAGUAAAAUCUUU